AUGAAAUAUUUGUUAGAUAUUUUAUUACAUGUAGUAUUAUUUACUAUAUUUUUAAAAGCACAUAAAACUUCUUUGAAACAAAGAAAAUCAUCCUCUAAUAAUGUUGGAGAAAGUAGUCGUCUUCCAGAUGAUCCAUUUAAAGUUACUUAUUAUCUACUAAAUAUAAAAGUUUUUUAUGAAUGCAAUGGUUUUGUUUUUACAGAACACAGUAAUGUAAUGCAUUAUUAUAAACAAUUAACUAAUUCAUUAUUUAAAAAUAAAAAAAUAAAACCUAAAGGAGGUCAAAGAAUAGAUAUUACUAAAUUUCAAAACGUAUUUAAAAUAGCAGAAUAUAGUUAUAAUAGUGUUAUAAGAAAAAAUCCAUUUAGUAGUAAAAUUUGGAACACUAUAUGGUAUACUUGUGAUUACUUUUGUUAUUCAUUUAAUAAUUUUAAUGCAUUAAAAGUAGGAUUAUUUAAUGAAAUAAACGAAUAUAGAAGAGUUCAUGGUGUUCAUAAACUUACUGAACAUGUUAUACUUAGUAGAAUAGCUGAAAAAGAAGCAAUACAUUCUUCAAAACAAAAUAAAAAUUCUAAAUGUAGUCAUAAAUGGCUUGGAUGUUAUAUUUUUAUUUAUAACAAAUUUGAAGCAAAUAAAAUUAUUAAACCAAGGUAUAAUAUCUUUCUUAGUGAAUAUAAGUGGAAUAAUAAUCGACAAAUUGCUGAUUUAUUCUUUAUAACACAAUGUAUUUGGAAAAAGACAAAAUCAAUUGGUAUUGGUGUUCAAUUGAAAGGUAAUUAUAUAUAUGUUGUCUUUACAUUUUUACCUAAAGGAAAUGUUAAUGGUGAAUAUCUUCGAAAUGUUCAACCUAUUAGUGAAAAAGUAAUUCAUAUGUAUAAUUUGUUUAAAAAUCAUCUAUAA